CUUCCGCGAGCCCAAAUGAAACGACUCACGCGCAGUAGAUCCAGGGACGUAAGGUCUGUCGCCGACCGUGUUCAGAUAAAUUCUGCAUGUUUUGGUAACUUUGGAUGCGCUCCGAGCCUGAAACAGAGCAGCAGGACUCUUGAGAAGACUCGUAAUCAUGUUGGUGCUCAGAACUGGCAGCGUGCUGCUUCUGCUGAUGCUCUUUGGACGAUCACUCGGGGAAUCUCCUUCAUUCACUGUGGACUACCAGCAUGACUGCUUCCGUAAAGAUGGGGAGAGGUUUCAAUACAUAUCAGGAAGUAUCCAUUAUAACAGGAUACCCAGAGUCUACUGGAAAGAUCGGCUGCUCAAGAUGUACAUGGCAGGCCUGAACGCCAUCCAGACGUACGUUCCCUGGAACUACCAUGAAGCGCUUCCAGGCUUGUACAACUUCAGUGGAGACAGAGAUUUGGAGCAUUUCCUUAAGCUGGCGCAGGACAUCGGUUUGCUGGUCAUCCUCCGGCCAGGACCCUACAUAUGUGCAGAGUGGGACAUGGGUGGUCUGCCUGCCUGGCUUCUCAAAAAGAAAGACAUCGUACUGCGCUCUACAGAUUCAGACUACAUCGCAGCAGUGGAUAAAUGGAUGGGGAAGUUGCUGCCUAUGAUAAAGCCGUAUCUCUAUCAGAAUGGUGGUCCGAUCAUCACUGUUCAGGUGGAGAAUGAAUACGGCAGUUACUUUGCCUGUGACUACAACUACAUGCGUCACCUGUCCAAGCUGUUCCGCUCUUACCUGGGUGAUGAGGUGGUGCUGUUCACUACAGAUGGGGCUGGGCUGGGCUACCUCAAGUGUGGCUCAAUACAAGACCUCUAUGCCACUGUGGAUUUUGGGCCGGGUGCUAAUGUUACUGCUGCCUUUAAAGCACAGAGACAAGUUCAACCUCACGGGCCUUUGGUGAACUCUGAAUUUUACACUGGAUGGCUGGACCACUGGGGAUCACAUCACUCGGUUGUAUCGCCCACUCGAGUGGCUAAGGUCCUCAGCGAGAUGCUGCUCAUGGGAGCAAACGUCAACUUGUACAUGUUCAUAGGAGGAACCAACUUUGGAUACUGGAAUGGGGCCAAUAUGCCAUACGCUGCACAGCCUACAAGCUAUGACUACGAUGCUCCGCUCACAGAAGCCGGAGACCUCACAGAGAAAUAUUUUGCCAUCCGAGAGGUGAUCAAAAUGUACAGUAAGGUACCAGAAGGGCCGAUACCACCAACAACUCCAAAGUAUGCGUAUGGUGCCGUAACAAUGAAGAAGCUCCAGACCGUGUCGGAUGCCCUAGACGUACUAUCCCUCUCUGGCCCUGUCAGAAGCAUCCAUCCUCAGACUUUCAUCGACUUGAAUCAGGCUUUUGGUUUUAUGCUCUAUAGGACCAUCCUGCCCAUGGACUGCACCACACCAACUCCACUGUCAUCUCCACUGAAUGGGGUCCAUGACAGAGCAUACGUGUCAGUGGACGGGCUGGCUGUAGGAAUUCUUGAAAGGGAUAAAGUCUUAAGCAUCAAUGUAACCGGGAAGGCUCGAAGUCAGGUGGACAUACUGGUGGAGAACAUGGGCCGAGUAAACUACGGAAAACAGAUCAACGAUUUUAAGGGCUUGGUGUCUAAUCUGACCCUGGGGGCGGACCUUCUCACCGACUGGACCAUGUACAGUCUCAGUAUUGAUGAAGCAGUCAUGAAGGGCCUCCUCGGAGAAAAAGAGCCUGCACUUUUUGAUCCACCUCAGCCAGCUGAUCUCUCCCCUCCAGCUUUCUAUGGGGGAAGCUUCGUGAUACCCGACGGGAUCCCAGACCUCCCUCAGGACACCUACAUCAAGCUGAGCAGUUGGAGAAAGGGACAGAUCUGGAUAAACGGCUUUAAUGUAGGACGUUACUGGCCGACUCGAGGGCCUCAGAUGACACUUUUUGUCCCUGCUAACAUCCUCAGUACAGCUGCACCAAACAAUGUGACCGUCCUGGAGCUUGAAGGGGCUCUCUGCGGCUCUAAAGCGUGCACUGUGGAGUUCACCAACACCCCCAUCCUCAAUGCAACAGUCCAGUCUGACUACAAACAGCACAGGAGGCUGUUUGUUAAAGAGGAUUUACUGUGACGAUAAGAAAACUCUCCGCUGCACAAAAGGGAUCUAUUUGCACAUUUAGACUCAUUGAUUUAGCACUUGUUGGGUCACCUCAACAAUCUUUCUUUUUUUUUUUAAACUAUGAAAAGUGGUUAAAUUUGGGAAAUAAUAUCAAUGAUGUGUGUUUUUGUGCAUUUUGCUGAAUUAUUUUAGCCUGUUUUUUAUCAGCACAUUAACUUCGGGUUUCUCUACCUCACUGAUUCCACAUGAUUCCAAAUUCACAGACUUUUUUUCCUCUUCAAAAAGGGAAUGAAGUGAAAGCCACUGAAAGCUGUUUUUUUUUUUUUU